AUGGACCGACCCUGCAGAAAUAGGAAAGCUGUUAAUUACUCAGAUUUCGCAGAUGACGACGACGAAGAUUUUGCAGAGGUGAAAGCACCUCCCAGCAAAAAGUGUCGUGUGAAGGAGCAUGAAUCUCAAAAAUCCAAGAAGAGUUCAACGAAAUCUUCAAGUCAAGAAUCGGCUACCCAUUUAAAAGGAUGUCCUUUAAAAGCUGACACACCCCAGCCAGCUCAGGUUUCAGCAGUACUGCUGUCCAACUGCAGUGUGGAUGGCAGCUGUAUGGGCUUGGAUAAAAUCACCAGUGAGCAGGCUUCCCCCAUUAGUGGCUCUAGGCAGAGAAAGUCAAGAGCCAUAGAGCACCAGGAGCCUGUCCUGCAGGAGGAAAAGGGCAAAGCAGGGGGUGAGGACCACCAGACACAAUACACACCCGAUUCAGACAGUGAUGAGGAUUUCAGUGAUCAAGAAGAAAGUGAAGAUGAGGAGUUUACUGUAAAGAAGACAGAGAAAAAGAAGACAAGCAGAAAAGAGCAAAAGGCACCUCCUCAGACCUCCAGCAAACAGAAGAAGCCUCCAAAGCCAACCAAAGGCAAAGGACAACUCAAAGUUUUCCUCAUUGAUUCUCUGCUUCCCAUCUCUUAUUUCUCCUCUCUGUCUUCUCCAGCUGAGAGCAGAAGCCCAGCAAUGAUCAGGCCUGUUCCUGGGAUAGAAAAGUCUCCAACCACACCACCUCUGUCUAAACCUGCCCUCUCUGUCAGUCCUGCAGCGGGAAGACUGCCUAAGUGGAAUCCUCCAGGUCAGAUUGGGAGGAGUCCCGGCAGCUUACAGAGCGUCCCAGUCAAGUCUCCUGGACAGGGUCUGCGUCUGGGACUGUCUCGUCUCGCUCGAGUCAAACCGCUGCAUCCCAGCGCUGUGGCACACUGA